AUGGCUGCUAUUUCUAAAAAAAAUUUAAAUGUCCUUUUCUUGGUAUAUAUAUGUUUGGUGAUGAUGCUGGUGGUUUCGGCGCGUGCUUUACCUUUAUUAACAGAGAAAGAUUCAAUUGAAAAGCGAGUAGAUCCAAAUUGCUCAGCAUUCGUAACGAAAACGCCAAACAGCAAAGGUGGCCUAAAACUAUUCAAGAAAGGCGACAUAAUUACAGUAACCUUGUUAAAAGGUCAAUCACUCGUCACAAAAAUCAGCGACGUUGAACUAUUCAACAACAAAGGCUUGUUAUCAAUCGUGGCUAACGGCCCAUGGUAUUUCGACAAGAAAGGCCAAGUUACUAUCAAGUUCAGGUUGAAUCCACCAACAGGAAACCCGAGUGCAAAGUUUGGACGUGGCCCUACUGAUGAUUACAAGUUUAUGUUACGCAGUUGGGGAAGUACUGAUGAAGGACCAAGUUGUACUACUUUUAGUGAUCCAUUUUACAUUGCAAAUUAG